AUGAGGAGCCGCGCUUCUGUGCUCCGUAAACCGAGCCAGCCGCAAACACAGCGCGUCUCCGUCACCCUUGCUAAAGGACCUCCCGAUGAGCAGGUCGAUCUCACUUUCACACUCAUCACCGAAGGCGGCAAGGGCUCCUUUGGGGUCGUUUAUAUUACGGAAAUCAAGGAGACUGGCGAAAAGGUUGCGAUCAAGAAAGUCCUCCAAGACAAGCGAUUCAUCAACCGCGAACUACAAAUCAUGCGUAAAAUUUCGCAUCCGAAGAUUGUCCAGAUGAAGUAUUUCUAUUUAUCCGAAGGCAGCCGCAAAGAGCAGUAUUUGAACCUUAUUUUGGAAUAUAUGCCAAAAACGGUGGCUGAUGUGAUCAGAGGCUACAAUAAACUCAAGCGAAAGCUGCCAUGGAUCUUUGUGAAGCUCUAUACCUAUCAGCUUUUCAAGGCUCUUGACUACCUGCAUGGGCUAAGGGCCGUGUUUGCGGAGAUGCUUCUUGGACAUCCCCUGUUUAUUGGUGAAUGCUCGUCGGAUCAGCUUCUGGAAGUCAUCAAGAUCCUCGGCACGCCGACGAAGGAGCAGAUCCUACAAAUGAAUCCGAACUACAAGGACCUGAAGAUCCCCUCAAUUCAGGAAUUUCCUUGGGCAAAGGUGCUCUCCCGCAUCUCUCCGACCCCGGAACUUGUUGACCUCGUCUCGCAGAUUCUCAAAUAUGUGCCUACUGCUCGUCUUCAGCCCCUGCAAGUUUGUGCGCAUCCCUUCUUCGAUGAACUCCGUAAUCCAAAUACUGUUUUGCCGUCUGGGUCAUCGUUGCCUAGCCUGGGCAGUCAAGAAGCCGAUAACUCUGUUGAU